AUGUUGGCAGAAGUCAUCUUUUAUUUCGCAGCACUUGUUUGCUCGCUCCUCUUCUUCAUUUUCCUAAACACACAAGUGUCCACAUCAAGUGAUAGUACAAGCGUUGACAGCACUGAUGUUGGUGACGAUGAAAAUACAACAAAUAACACCACUUCAAAUAUUCAUCAACUGUCGAUACCUUCCACACCUCGUAAAACUGAGCAACAACAACAUAUCAUCACGAGUCCUCGACGUCGUUUUCAACAACAGCAUGAUCGCUCGGAUUCAUUGCAAGAUUUAUCAGUCAAGAGCAGUGAGUUAAUAUUUGAUGAAAUCAUGAACACGGUUCCUGUAAUUGCCUCCCAAGAUGAUGAGAGAGUGAGUUUUGACAAGUUAGCUGAAAAAAAGACACCUCUUGAGAAGAAGAGAGAUCAUAUUUUGGAGGAAAUACUCUCUACUGAAGAGUCGUAUGUGAAGGGUUUGAGAGAGCUUGAGGAAGCCUAUUUAAAACCCAUUCGAGAAAAGAAGUUGCUCUCAAAAGAAGUGUUUGAUAUGAUUUUUAACGAUAUUGCAAUUAUAGCUGGUGUCAAUGAGAAUUUUCUAAGUGAACUUAAAAAACUAUAUUUUGGUGACAAGUUACAAUCGUACAAUGUUGCAAAAUUACUUUUACAUUAUGCACAUUCUUUCAAGUUAUAUACAAGAUUUAUUGGUAACUAUGGAGUUGCUGUGACCGCUUUGGAAGAAGAAAAGAAAAAGAAUAACAAAUUCAAAAAGUUCUUAGAAGAAAUUUCCGUCAAAUUAGGUGAAGAAUCCACCACUGCACGAGAUUUCACCAUUGAUGGACACAUGAUUUUACCAUUGCAACGCAUUCCUCGAUAUGAAAUGUUAUUACAACAACUGAAAGAUGUCACACCAAGCGGUGACGAGUCGUACGGUCUCAUUGAAAAUGCUCUGCUCUUGAUUAAGGAAAUUGCAAGUGGACUGAAUAUGAGUCAACUUGAAUAUUCUAAUAUUCACAAAUCGUUGGAGCUUAGUGAAACAUUCAAACUUAAGGACUUUUUCAUUCCAACACGAAGAUUGCUGUUUUACUUUGAAGGUGAAGACGGUAUCAACUACAAGAGAUCCAACGGAAAGCGUGGCAUUAUGGAUAUGUACGUCUUUUCAGAUUUGCUUUUAUUGAACAGAAGAAAUUCGAAAUUCCUUUCCAAACAAGAGUUCAUCUUCUCGCCACAUUCAAAAGAUGAUAAUUCCACAACACUCUAUUUGGAUAUGGAGGAAAGCAUAAUUAGUAAGACCAUCACUCUAACAUGUACUUUUAAAUCUGACAAGGUAGAACCAAGAGUUUUAGAAAUGUACUUUGAUAGCAAACCUGAGCAAUACGACCGUGUUAGAGAGGCCAUUUUAGUCAUGCUCGAUUUGGAAAGACAAAGUAGAAGAAGUAGUGUUGCGUCUAGCUCCUUUUAA